CUCCCUCUCGUUGGAAGAGCGAAAUAUAUCUAUUUAGAUCUCAUCUCAGAACAGAGUUUCAUUUCAAUUCAGACUUAGGGUUUGGCCUUCGAGAGAGCGAGAGAUGGGAGAACGAAAAGGAAUCCCAAUGGCUUUGGGGCUCUUGGCGAUGCUCCUCUUCCUCAUUGCUUCCUCUUCCUUUCACUUCGUUUGCGCUUCCGAUGACGCUGACGACGCGAUCUUCUACGAGUCGUUCGACGAGGAUUUCGACGGACGCUGGAUUGUAUCCGGCAAGGACGAAUACCAAGGUGUCUGGAAGCAUGCUAAGAGUGAAGGGCAUGAUGAUUAUGGACUUCUUGUUAGUGAACAAGCCAGGAAAUAUGCUAUAGUCAAAGAACUUGAUGAGCCUGUCAGUCUUAAGGAUGGAACAGUUGUUCUUCAGUUUGAGACUCGCCUUCAGAAUGGCCUUGAAUGUGGUGGUGCAUAUAUUAAAUAUCUUCGACCCCAGGAGAGUGGAUGGAAACCAAAGGAAUUUAACAACGAAUCUCCGUAUUCUAUCAUGUUUGGUCCUGAUAAGUGUGGGGCUACAAACAAGGUGCACUUCAUUUUGAAGCACAAGAAUCCAAAGAAUGGGGAGUAUGUUGAACAUCAUCUCAAGUAUCCCCCUUCUGUCCCAUCUGACAAACUAUCUCAUGUAUACACCGCAAUUCUGAAGCCUGAUAAUGAAUUACAAAUUUUGAUUGAUGGGGAGGAGAAGAAAAAGGCAAAUUUCUUAUCUUCUGAGGAUUUUGAGCCUCCUCUUAUCCCCUCCAAGACAAUCUCUGAUCCUGAUGAUAAGAAACCCGAGGACUGGGAUGAAAGAGCCAAAAUUCCAGACCCAAGUGCUGUGAAACCAGAUGACUGGGAUGAGGAUGCACCCAUGGAAAUUGUUGAUGAUGAGGCGGAAAAACCCGAAGGAUGGUUAGAUGAUGAGCCAGAGGAAAUAGAAGACCCAGAGGCAACAAAACCAGAAGAUUGGGAUGAUGAGGAGGAUGGUGAAUGGGAAGCCCCAAAGAUUGAUAACCCGAAGUGUGAGGCUGCCCCUGGUUGUGGUGAAUGGAAAAAACCAAUGAAGAGGAAUCCAGCUUAUAAAGGGAAGUGGAGUGCCCCUAACAUUGAUAACCCCGAUUACAAGGGCAUAUGGAAGCCUAGGGAUAUUCCAAACCCUGACUACUUUGACCUCGCAAAACCUAAUUUUGAGCCUAUUGCUGCUAUUGGCAUUGAGAUUUGGACAAUGCAAGAUGGCAUACUAUUUGACAAUAUUCUGAUAGCCAACGAUGAUAAAAUUGCAGAAUCCUAUCGGGAGACUACAUGGAAGCCCAAGUUCACCAUUGAGAAAGAAAAACAGAAAGCUGAAGAGGCGGAAACCAGUUCAGAUGGUAUUUCAGGCCUCAAGAAGAAGGUAUUCGACCUCUUAUACAAGAUUGCAGACAUUCCCUUCUUGAGCGAUCACAAAGAUAAGAUAUAUGAUCUCAUCGAGAAAGCCGAGAAGCAGCCAAAUAUCACUAUUGGAAUUAUUGUAGCCGUUGUGGUUGUCUUCGUGUCAAUUUUCUUCAGGAUCAUAUUUGGUGGCAAGAAGAAACCUGCAAAGGUGGAGAAGAAGAACACAGAACGAACAGAAGCUUCCAAUAAAGAAGCUGGUUCCAAUAAAGAAGCUGGUGGAGAGAAUGAAGAAAACAAAGAGAAAGAGGAAGCAUCUAAUGCUCCACGUCGGAGGACAAGGCGAGAAAAUUGAAAUGGUUGACUCUUAGAAGGGACAGCUGUCAAGUACCAUCAUCCGAUAAAUUUUGGGUUUAGUUUCAUUUUAGGUGCACUCUGGUUUCAUUCUUCUACUUUUUUUUUUGGGAAAAAAAAUCUUAAAGGAGUGUAGAUCUUCUCCUUUUGAAGAAUGAGUGUUUUAGCACAUUGAAGUUGUACAAUUAUUUUUUGUCUAUGUUUUUCUCUAGUAAUGGAUUCUCUUUUAAAGCAAAA